AUGCCAGUCCAGUGUAGCAGCUGUGCUGAAAAGCGUGCUGUGCUGAAACGUCCCAAAACGGGCCACUCGCUCUGUAAGGAGUGCUUCUUUUGGGCCUUUGAGGAAGAAGUGCAUCAAACCAUUGUGGCAGCAAAUCUAUUCAAACCCGGUGAGGCCGUUGGGAUUGCAGCUUCUGGUGGCAAAGACUCCACAGUUCUCGCACACGUGAUGAAGCUCCUGAAUGAGAGGUACUCGUACGGCUUGAAUCUCAUGCUUCUCUCCGUGGACGAGGGCAUCACUGGUUAUAGAGAUGACUCUUUGGAGACUGUGAAGAGGAACCAGCAACAGUAUGAGCUGCCACUGAAGAUCGUGUCGUACGAGGAGCUAUACGGCUGGACCAUGGAUGCCAUUGUGAAGCAAGUGGGACUGAAAAAUAACUGCACUUUCUGUGGCGUUUUCAGACGACAGGCACUUGAUAGAGGAGCAGUCAUGCUGAAAGUGGAUAAGAUUUGCACAGGUCACAAUGCCGACGAUGUUGCGGAAACGGUGUUGAUGAAUGUCUUACGAGGGGACAUCGCCCGUCUACGCCGCUGUACAGCCAUCUCAACGAACAGUGAGGGCGACGGUGUCGUGCCACGCUGCAAGCCUCUCAAAUACGCGUACGAGAAAGAGAUCGUUUUGUAUGCCUAUUUCAAAAAGUUGGACUAUUUUACCACCGAAUGCAUCUACUCCCCCAACGCUUAUCGCGGCUAUGCACGGACUUUUUUAAAAGAUCUAGAGAGCAUACGUUCCAGCUCCAUCAUUGAUAUCAUCCAUUCAGGGGAAAAUCUUUCCAUACGGGAGGAUGUGAAGAUGCCUGUGCAGGGUAUCUGCAGCAAGUGUGGCUAUAUCUCUAGUCAGAUGUUGUGUAAGUCAUGUGUGCUGCUGGAGGGUCUGAACAGGGGCCUGCCCAAGCUGGGUAUUGGAAAACACCAUCGAUUGCAUGAGAAAAUUGUCAACAAUGAGCCACUUACUGAAAAGGAGGAGAGAAAGUUAAAAGUCGUUGACAUUUGA